GCGAACGACAGGGCCCAAACACAGAGUUCUGUCUCUCGGCAAAGCGGAGGCGGUGUCUUUAAAAGUGUGCCUGUAGAUCAUUUUUUUCUCGUUCAUUUUCCGUUUACCUCCGCGUCACACAAGUUGACCUUUUCAAGUUGAACCAUGAGGACGUACUUCAUAAUAGCCGUCAUACUGAUUGUCGGAACAUACGGUCAGGAAUCUUUCAAAUGCCCGGAUGAUUUCGGGUUCUAUCCUCACCAUUUAUCGUGCGACAAAUAUUGGAAAUGCGACAACAACGCGGCGGAACUGAAGACGUGCGGAAACGGUCUCGCGUUCGACGCGAGUGACAGCAAGUUCCUCACCGAGAACUGCGACUAUUUGCACAACGUGGAAUGCGGCGAACGCACGCAGCUCGAGCCGCCCAUCAGCACGCCGCAUUGCUCCCGUCUCUACGGCAUCUUCCCCGACGAGAAGAAAUGCGACGUCUUCUGGAACUGCUGGAACGGCGAAGCGUCUCGCUAUCAGUGCAGCCCCGGACUGGCCUACGAUCGCGAGGCUAGGGUGUGCAUGUGGGCCGACCAGGUGCCCGAAUGCAGAAACGAAGAGGUCGCUGGAGGUUUCACGUGUCCGGCCGCGGGCGAAGUGAGUGGUGCAUCCGGCAGUUUCAGCAGACACGCCCAUCCGGAGGACUGCAGAAAGUACUACAUAUGCCUCGAGGGCAUCGCCAGGGAAUACGGCUGUCCGAUCGGCACCGUCUUCAAGAUCGGCGAUGCCGACGGUAGCGGCGCCUGCGAGGAUCCCGAGGAUGUCCCCGGAUGUGAGGAUUACUAUGGCGACCUGGACCUGAAGAGCAUCCGAAAGAGCGAACUACUAGCCGGAAUCCAGAGCGAGCCCAGAAAACCAUCGAACCAGGCGCCCCUAAAACCCAGGCCAACAGGAGGCCCCGCGAGGCCUUCCUCUCCUCUCCAGGAAUAAAUCCUAAUUUACCUCACUUCUUCAUUCAUUCACUGUCUCUAUCUUUCUUUUUCUUUCUAUCUUUCUCUUUCUUGCUGUCAUUUAAUUUUAUUAAAUUCUAUUUUUUAAUACAAGUUAUUGGUAUAAAAUCUGUAAUGCAGAAUUAAAACAAAAAGAUCCCUUUUAAAUAUAAUAAUCUUCAAUUUAAGUAAUAAUCACACACAUUAUAAUAUAUUUUUUUAAUAAUA